UUUCAGGUAAACAGCCAUCUAAGAAAGCAAGCUUGCAACCUUCUCCGGGAAGCAGACUUCAAAAGGCUUGGAUUUAUCCUCGCAGGGAAAAAUACCCAAAAGAACUCAUACAGCAUGAACUCUAUGGCAGGUCUCAGUAAAAAGCCACAAGAUUUAAAAUUGCCUUUUAAAAGAUGACUUUUCACCCACCCUGCCCCACAUUUCCCAAGGAAAUAAAAGCAGAAGUCAUAAAAGUGGACAAACGGAAAUCCAGUGUCUGCAUAGCUUUGAGUCCACAGCACUUGAAGGUAAUUUCUGAUUGUGGAGUCCUCUCUUCCUCUCAUGCUCUAUUUCUCUCUAGAAACCUCAAGACUUUACUGAUGAGAACUCUGCAAAUUCUCUACCAUAAAGAGUUUUAACAACUAAGCUAAGACAUUAAAAAGGAAAAUACCAGAUGCCACCCUGCAGUUGAACUGACUACCACUUACUGGAUACAUUUAAAUCCUCCAAUCAACAGAGUAACCAGGUUAAACAGGUAUCAAAGAGGGAACGCGGCCAUGGACAACUUCACCUCUCCCCCGGGGAAUGGCAGCCUGUGCACCAGGGACUACCACAUCACCCAGGUCCUCUUCCCGCUCCUCUACACUGUCCUGUUUUUCACUGGACUCAUCACAAAUAGCCUGGCAAUGAGGAUUUUCUUUCAAAUCCGCAGUAAAUCCAACUUUAUUAUUUUUCUUAAGAACACAGUCAUUUCUGAUCUUCUCAUGAUUCUGACUUUUCCAUUCAAAAUCCUCAGUGAUGCCAAACUGGGAACAGGACCACUGAGAGUGUUCGUGUGCCAAGUGACCUCUGUCAUAUUCUACUUCACAAUGUAUAUCAGUAUUUCAUUCCUAGGGCUGAUAACUAUCGAUCGCUACCAGAAGACCACCAGGCCAUUUAAAACAUCCAGCCCCAACAAUCUCCUGGGGGCCAAGAUUCUCUCUGUUGUCAUCUGGGCAUUCAUGUUCUUACUCUCUUUGCCUAACAUGAUCCUAACCAACAGGAGGCCGAGAGACAAGAAUGUGAAGAAAUGCUCUUUCCUCAAAUCAGAAUUUGGUUUGGUCUGGCAUGAAAUAGUCAAUUAUAUCUGUCAAGUCAUUUUCUGGAUUAAUUUUUUAAUUAUUAUUGUAUGUUAUACACUCAUUACAAAAGAACUAUACAGGUCAUAUGUAAGAACAAGGGGUACUGGUAAAGUUCACAAGAAAAAGGUGAACAUCAAGGUUUUCAUUAUCAUUGCUGUAUUUUUUAUUUGUUUUGUUCCCUUCCAUUUUGCCCGGAUUCCCUACACCCUGAGCCAGACCCGGGAUGUCUUUAACUGCUCUGCGGAGAAUACUCUGUUCUAUGUGAAGGAGAGCACGCUCUGGUUAACUUCCUUAAAUGCAUGCCUGGAUCCAUUCAUCUACUUUUUCCUUUGCAAGUCCUUCAAAAAUUCCUUGAUGAGUAUGCUGAAGUGCACCAAUUCUGCAACAUCUCCCCACGAAAACAGGGGGAAAGGUCAGGAUGGUAGGGACCCAAGCGAAGAGACUCCAAUAUAAACACAUUGAGGUAAGAUUUCAAUCUGUUAACCAGAUUGAAAUAUUAGUGUUUGGAACUCCUAAAAGAAAACACUAUGUAAAAAUAUUAAUACUAAGAAGCAGCUGAGUAACAAUGACGCUUGAAACAA